AUGGCGUCCUCAGAAGUGGACCAAAAAUUCCUGGGCAAGCUCGCCAAAGACGUCGAGAAUGACAACCCAUAUCUGUCCAAGUUCCUCUUCAAGAUUCUCGGUCUGUCAUUGAGCCUAGCGGAGCAACUUGUGGCGGCGAGGAAAGAAAGGCGACAAGCCGAGGUCACACCUGUCGCGCGUCGACGCAUCUUACACAUACUAUGGCUGUCCAGGGAGGGUCUGAUUCUUCUUCUGCAGUGGGUGAUACCGAUGGUAGGGAGCUACGUCGAGUUGAAGGUGCUUGCCUACAAGUUAAGGGCCAGCUUCCAUCACAUCUUCGUGCUCUUUCACAACAGUCCGGCUGUAUCAAACGUGGCGAAUCUCACGCCUGAGAUUGUCGCUGCGUCGACGCCACCACCAACGGGACCAGGUGUCGAAGAAGACACAAAUCUACCCUCGAGAUCGUCGUCUAUACAGCCUACCCAUGCUUUGGAGGGGGGUCUCGUGGGACCGCCGCCGGGCUUCGAAGUGGACGUUGCCUCCUUGCCGCCAUCCAAGCUGUUUAUGCCGAGGGACUUCCUUCCCGAGACCCACCAGUACUUUCGUGAGGCGAUGGACAUGGCCGACUCGCUACUGUGGGGUUCCCAUUCUCUUCGGCUGUCCGUGAGGACCGAAUAUGCUGCUUUCUUGUAUGAAUGCGUGCAUGACGUUGAUGGCAGCCGCAAGCUCGCUAAAGCGAGUAUCGCCGAAGCCUAUGAGGCCGAGGAAGGCAUGACUGACGACAUGUUUCGAGAUACGUGUGAGCUGGUGACGGUGUUGGGGAAAAUGAUGAAGCGCGGGUUGGGUUCUCAGGGACAACUCGGAAAAGCACUUGCCACGACAAGCCCGUCUAUGCUAUUGUCUACGGGGGUCGGUAUCGCGCCGUAG